GUCAGUGAGUCGCUCCUCGUGCUGCCGUACUAUCACUUCACAUUAAUAUUGAGGCAAUGUCGCGGCUUUAUAAGCUGGAUAAGGUGCGCCGUAGACUAUUUUUGGACGACACGAGCGUGCUGCACAAACCACGCGUUGACCGCCGACUUACUACGGGCAAUACUUCUGCCGCUGGUGUACUGGCGGGCCUCAUCGAGGACGAGAGCCUGCGGAGUCAUUUUACUUGGCGUCAACAAGGAGAGGAGAGCCAGAAACGAGUGGCGCGCGACGAUGACCAUGCAAAAGACACACCGGAGGAAGAGGCUCUACUUCUUCGGUCCACAUCUCGCGGAAAAGUUCUCUGCGACCGCUCUAAGGUGAGCUUCAAGAGCACGCGGCCAGCAAACAACGAGUCCGACGAUUUCGCAAGCCACCGCAGUCUACCCGGCGACGAGUCUCGAGACGCUGGCGCUGCCGAGCGCGACGUUCGCUGGUCAUGCAAGCAGCGCAGGAGGACGUCGAAUUACGAGAUCCAAUCUGGUUCUACCGUGUCUUUCAUUGCUGCCGGAAAGCAAAACGUCAAGCAUUCGGCGCUGCCAAGUGAGUUGAGGCCUCGUUCUUCGAGACUGGCGGCACCACUGGCAGGUAAAAUCAGCACAUCACAAGAGAAGAAAGUUGGCUCGUAUGGAUGCGGGCUGCCGGAUUUCCCUGAUGCCGCUGCGCAAGUGGUCAGUACCUUUGAUGUUGAUCCUGGCUACGAGCCGGUAUCAGAGCAUCGCAAAACGCGCACCAAUCGCUGUUAUGAAGAGGACAUUGCCUACUCGAGGGCGUCCGCUCCAGACGUUACAGUUAAAAUACCUACCUGGAACAGCAGUGGUGAAAGGGAGGCAGACUACCUUGUUCGUGCUACGAAUUCCUCUGGGGAUCGAACGGAAAGCGUGGACUUGCGUCUAGCGAAUCCACUGGAAGUUUUUUCUGUUUCCCUAAGCGGGCAUGUUGUGGGGCGACAUGUUCAAGAUGCGUGGAUCGAAAUAACUGACCGCGGCGCGUCAUCAUCUAUGAGUCACGGCACGCAAAGUAUUGUUUUAGAUGUCCCUGCUGUGAAAGUAGAGAAAAGUGGAUUUGCCGUGACCACAAGUUUGUCGAAAUGCGACACCGGUACCUCAUCAAAAUGUGGUAUUCACUCAUCAACUGAUGACACUGUGCAGAAUUUUGCCGAUUCUGAAAGCACAGCCCCUAUUUUCUCCUCUCGACAAUUGAGGAGUAACAACUUGGAAACGGUUCAUGUUAAUCGUGCCUGUUACAUGUCUGUUCCUGAAAAACAAGGAAAUCGAGCGUUUGGAGACUGCUCAGAGAACAACCUAAAAGGACUUCAGCCAUUGCGGAAGGCAAUCGAACAUUUGUCGCCGCUGAUAGGCGAAUGUGAUGUUAAUUUACCUCCUGUUAGAACAUACAUAUACCAUGAAAUGCGCAAAGGUGGUCUGUGCAAGAACUUACGGCCUCCUAGCAGCCGUAACAGGGUUCCACAAGAGGUCAACCAAAACGCUAUGCGGUCACUGAGUUAUGACCACACGCGAUAUUCUAAGGGAUCGAAGUUCACUCUCCUGGAGCGUUCGUUUCCCGCUGGGAGCACUCGAGACGGCAGGCAUUUGCUUAAGAUGCUUAAGGCUUCGGGACUUAGUGCAUCCCGCGCAGCUCCUGGGAGAAGUAAAAGCCUACAGCAAGCGCAAGUGCCCGCUCAACCUGGAAGCCAAGACUAUAUUUCUCCCGACUCCGAAAAACAAGCAACCACCGCUACGCCAUUGAGUGAAUCACCAGCGGUGGAACAGCAGCAGCCUUUCAAACGCAUUGUUAUUCUAAAGAAAAAUGCAGUAGUGUGCCCUGGUGUUCUGCUUGUUGCUUUGGCUUUAAUGGCGAGCGUCGUAGCACCGCUUUUGCAUAGCAAAGUCUUCACAACGCAGCCGCAGUCUAUUACGGCACGCGUGUCCAGGUCAUUGCUGGUUGCGAAAAACGAAAGCUUCCUCGGUCAAGACGCAGUCAAGGAGGAUUACGACACUUGUUCAACGCCAGCAUGCAAGCGUGAUGGCACUUAUCUCAAAGGGCUCUUGUCUUGGGAUUUGGAUCCCUGCGAAGAUUUUCAUCGUUUCGUGUGCAGUCGCUGGAAGGGUGGCGGUGAUGCCGCCAAAACUGACACGGCGGUGGCAGCCUCAGACGAGCUAAAUCACCAACUGGAACAGAGCGUGCACGGACUCCUUCAGCGCAGUAGUUUUCCUGAGAAACUGGCUCCACUCAAGACACUCUUUUAUGAGUGCAUGAACACACGCCAGCUGGACCUGGACGACUGGAAUCCGAUGCUGGAGCUGCUCUGGCUGGUCAGCCUUGAGGGUUUUCCCUUUAGCUCUACGCCUCGCAACAGUACUUCGCUGUGGAAGAUCGCCGCAAGGGUACUGAAGAUGACUGGUGCUGAGGCCCUGCUCAGUAUGCGGGCAACUGUGCACCCGACAAAAGGCGACGCGGGCAUCUUGAGCGCUGGCCUGCCCACUAUGAUGGCACCAAAGGGCAGCGAUCAGUCGCAGGUAACGCAGUUCUACAACAGAACAGCAUUCGCUUGCAUAACUGCCCUAAAGAAGCAGCGGAAUCCCACAGUGUACUCGCUCGAAGUGGCUGCGUUUGCGUCGCGCCUUGAAAUGCUCGUGUAUAGCUACACCGUCUUGGUAGGACUGCCGACCCGUCGCAUAAAGCCUCUGAAGACGCAGCCGGAGCUAUCCACUUUCUUAGUCGAAUUGUUCCUUAACAGUGACUCCACCCUUUAUUCCGGUGGGCACACUGAGUUGCUCAUUCAGUCACCUACUUUCUUCGAUGCACUCAUCACCUUGUUGCGCAAUACAGAGCAGUAUAUUGUCAUGAAUUAUCUCGGCACUCGCCUCAUGAUUGAAGUGGCUCCAUAUGCACCUUCAUCGGGCAGACCCUUAGUCCACACGCUCGUUCACCAUCUCUACGGUAGGCCCAGGCCUUCGUUGCCUCGCUGGAAGCUCUGCCUGCGGUCAGCAGAGCGAGCUCUGCCCGACUUGUUCUUACACGCCAGCAAACUUGCCUUCAAGACACAUUUUGCUCUCGACAUGGUGCAACGGCUGUUGGGAUCGCUACGCCUUCAGCUUGUCCGAAGCCUCUCCAAGCUUGCAAUACUCGACCGUGAUUCACGAGCGCGAGCCCAGACCUUACUCAACAGCACUCGUUUUCGUCUCUUCCGACCUAACUGGCUGAACAACCACGAAAAGCUUGAAAGCUACGUGACCGCCCUACCACGCGUCGUCCGUGGUCAGAGCCUGCGUUCUUUUUACACUUUACACAGUCAUAGCUUCACCGAGAACUUGCGCCGGGACGAAGCUGAUCGUUGGCAGGGAUCGGCGUUCGACCAUGACUGCACCUUUGACGGUAAUACAGUGUACGUUCCAGUUUUGUUGUUCAAUUUCACGCUAUUUACCUACGACGCCGACCAAAGCCUACAGCUGUCAAACUCCGGCGUGCGGAUUGUGCGGUGCUUGCUUCAGCUGCUGAUGAACAACGUGGCCAGCGGAGGCAACGUAGGAGCCGUCGCCAGCCGUGUCUGGUGGCCAGACAUGUCGAGCUCUUUUCUUGCAGUGACUCAGCUAUGUUUCCAGCAAUACGGCGUGCGGAAGCUGGGGGCGCUUGAGCUGCUCCAGUACACUGCCGCUAUCAAGCCUGCCAUGGACCUGUUUCAGGAAGAGAAACGCCUCGACGUGCGCUUCGAGACAUUCCAGACUUACAGCAACUUCCAUCUCUUCUUUGUAUACUACGCACUCAGCUUUUGCGAGGAGUCAUCAGCGGACAACACUACAGACAGCACAGUGGCGGCUUUCUUGACAAACGUACCCUUGUGGAACAACCGGCAGUUCCAAGAGACAUUCAGGUGCCCCGUCGGGUCAAACAUGAAUCCCUCGAGGAAAUGCAUGCUGUGGCGAGACACGCGUUAGGUGGUUGUUAUUGUGGACCCUACGGACUUUAGUGGCCUGCUAGGCAGUAGUACCGUCUGUCAUGAGCUAAAAGAUGAACAUUACUUUGAAUGGACUCGCAGCGUCCAUGCCACCAAUGUCUCGUGAAGAGUGCACUAAGAUGUUAAGCACCCGCCCCCCUUUCUUUCUUCUUUUUUACUUUCUUUUUUUUCUGCUGGUUGCUGUUUUUGCCAUCGUCUAAGAGGGAGUUGAUGGAGUAAGGGAAAGAGAUAAAGAAAAGCUGAAGAUAUUUUGUUCAAUAAACUGUUGAUGGCAUGCUCA